AAUCCUUUUAUUUUUGAUUUGUCUUGCUUUGAGUAAAGACCGGAAAAUAUAUAAACUGAACAUUGUCUUCUUUUUCAUUUUAAUUCUUCAUGUCUUCGCUUCAUUUACCUUCCUUUAAUAACAAACUAAAGAAAAAACCCUCGUUUAUAUUAGAAAAACGUCCCAAUUUAGAAAGAUCAGUUAGCAACAGUAGCACACUAUCCAAAGUUAGAAGAUUUGGCUCAAAAUUAAUAAGAAGCAAAUCACAAAGAAUCAUAUCUUCACCAUCAUCACCUCAAGAAGCAUCAACGUCCUUUGAAUUAAAUAUAUCUCCUACAUUCAAUAGGGAUAGCCGAUCCUCCUUGGUUGCAUCCUUGAAUGAAAGCACUUCAUCUAUAGAAGAACACGUCAAAACGCCGACAACUGCUGAUUUCUGUCAGACGUCAUUUGCCUUUAAUAUUGAGCACCCUAGUGAUCAAGAAGAUGAACAAGAAGAAGAAGAUGAUGAUGAUGAAGUAGACGAAAGCACACUAUCUACUGUAUCGCUGGUUCGAUACCAUUUAUCUAUGGCACUGAAGCAAGUAGACGAAGAAAUUGACGAUGAAUUACAAAUCUCUCAUGAAAUGAUGCUAAGGAACUUAAAAUCAUGCCCCAGGAUAUCAUUUAAAUAA